CCUUAGUAAACAGCCAUCAAAAUAAAUAUAAAUUUAUCUCCUCAAUCCCAAGCAACAUUGGAGAAGUAAAGAAAAUUGUACUCAGUUUGUUCAUCAAUGCGCAAUAAAACCAAGAAUUGAAUUGAAGUACUGGCUGUAAUUCGUUAGAUUAUGAUCAGUUAUUCGAAUUCAUCUGUUCCUGAGCCUAUCAAUAGUCACCUUGCAUCAACCGUUUUAUCAUGAUUAAAAAAUUAUAAGACAUGCAAAAAUCUGAAAUGCCAUUUUGUAUUGACAUAAGUUCAUAGAAGACAGAAGCUAAAUAGAGGGCAAAAAAGAUUUUGAAAAUAAACGGUUUGUAAUAAAAUAGUCAGGAAUCGGUGUAUGUUGCUAUAAACCAAUAUGGAAGUAUUAAACGUUGAUGAAUAUGCAGAACUGUCGCUAUUCGACAAGUCUAUUCAGUUGGAAACACACUUGAUGGAUGAAGCUCUCCAUAAAGCUCUUGAGAGGAAAGCAUCAGCUUCCAUCUCUGCAGAAGCAAAACAAUUCAGAUCACGAGAUGCUUUAAAAUUCGAAUUUGAAACCUUCACAUGCAUAAUUUGUUUUGAGGAAUUCAAAUUUCAGCUAGAUUAUGAUGACCAUAUGAACAUGCAUAAGCAGAAGGCUCACAGUGAUGUUGUGUCAGAAGUUAGCGGACCUCAUACAACUGCAAGCUCCAGCUGCAAUACUUCACAUGCAGUUGAGAAAACGCUCACGCUUGAUGAUGGACCACAAUCUGCCGCAGACUUCGCUCAAACUGUAGUUACUCCUUUGCCUGCGAGAAUUGUAAAAAAUAACGAAAACGAAGUGAAGAAAGCAACAGAAGCAGGUAGCAUCCGGAAAAGUAAAUCAGUAGUUACAAUCAAAAAUGCCGUAUUAGAGAACCAAUUAUGUUAUCGUGAUAAUGAUCGAAACACGAUUAUUAAUGUUUUAAAAAAUACUAACAAAAGUAUGCAACAAGAUAAUUCGCCGAAAAAUAGUGCUACUAGUGUGUAUAAGAUUAUCUCCGUUUCUAAAGAUUUUAACGUUCAAUCCACUCAAAUUAAAUUCCCCGCAAGUAAUAAUGUGAAAAAAAUGUUUGCGUGUCAACUUUGUGGCGAUAUGUUCGAAAAAAAAGAAUCCUUGGUGAAACACAGACAAACUCACGAUGGAGUACCGAAGAAACCGUUAAUUUGCAAGUUUUGUUCGUUCACAUGUAAAUUUAAAAGUGGAUUAGCGAUUCACAUGAGAAGUCACAGCGGUGAAAAGCUUCAUUUUUGUAUGCUAUGCGAAUACAGUGGCUUGACAAGUACCCAUCUAGAGAGCCACAUGAGAACACACGCUGACGAAAAACCGUAUUCCUGUGAAGUAUGCAAUUUUAAAUAUAAACAACGUAGUUCUCUAUUGAGGCACAUGAGACUACACACUGGCGAAAAGCCGUAUUCUUUAAUUCCUUUGUCGGCGACAACAGCCACAAAUGAAGAAAACAAAGUGAACAACGCACCUAAAGAGGCAGAUUCUAUCUGGAGAAGUAAAUCAUUACUUAAAACUAAGAAUGGCGAAAUGGACAGCCAAUCAAUUAAUAGCAAUAAUGAUAGAAAUGUAAUCAUUAAUGAAUUAGAUAAUAGAUCUAACUUAUUUGAUGUUUUCAGAAAUACUACUAAAGCUGUGCUACAAGAUAUGUCGCUGGCAAAAAUACAGAAAACAAUUAGCUCUUGUGUCAGUCAGAUUAUUAAAAAUUCUAAAGAUUUUAAUAUUCAGUCAACAGGUCAUAAUCAAUCACCUUCAACGGACAAUAUUGAAUAUGCCAGUAAUGAGUUAAUAGUAGACCAACACAUUGUAUCAAAACCUUUGCAAAUGGAAACUGAGUGUUUAAGUAAUUUCGUCGGUGAAAAAAUUAUUCUUUCUUCCGAAAGAAAUACACUUAUUGUCAAAAAAAAGUUUGAGUGUAACAAUUGUGGUAAUAUGUUCCAACGAAAAACUUCCUUGGUACAACACAUAAAGACACACACUGAAGCAAAACUGUUUCAUUGCAAGUUCUGUCCAUACACAUGUAAAUUUAAAAGUUCUUUAACGAUGCAUUCAAAAAUUCACACUGGCGCUGACAAUCUUAGUUCGUGUAAAUUAUGCGAAUAUAAAUGUAUACUAACUACUGAUCUAGUGAGGCACAUGAGAACACACACUGGUGAAAAACCUUAUUCUUGUAAAGUAUGCAAUUAUAAAAGUGCUCAAAAAAGUACACUAGUGAAGCACACGAGAACUCACACUGGUGAAAAACCCUAUUCUUGUAUGUUAUGCGAGUACAAAUUCGCGUCAAGUAGUAAUCUAGUGAGCCUCACGAGAACUCAUAGCUUAACAAAGUCUUUUUCUUGUAGUUUAUGUAAAUAUCGAAGUGCAAGAAAUUGUCAUUUAGUCAGGCACACCGGUGAAAAGCCUUACCAUUGUAAGUUAUGUCAUUCUAAAUUCACACGAAACGGGCACUUAGUGAGCCACAUGAGUACUCACACCGGUGAGAAACCCUUUUCUUGUAAGACAUGCAAAUAUAAAUGUGCAGAAAAAAGGACUCUCGUGAAGCACAUGCGGUGUCAUACUAUUGAUUAAGUUUUAUUUAAACGGGAAUUCAUGUUAGCGUUUGGUAUCUCAGACGCCUCUGCGCCUGGUAUUGGAAUCAUUCCCUGGUAUUGGAAUAUUUAUUUAGGCAUUACUUUAAGUUUGUUACGUUUAAAAUGAAUAUUUAUACGAAUAGCACAUUAUAGCGCAGGAUAAAAAUUA